GCAAUGCUGAAAUACAAAAUAGAAGAAGCAAGAGUUAGAAAGAAGACAACAUGUCAGAAUCAGAUAGGAAAUCAAAUCUGAAUAAGUCAACCACAACCAACAAAAAUAUUAAAAAACUGUGGACCAUAAGCAUGGUGUGCAGCUUGACUAAAAGUUGGCAGCAGUGGGCUUCAGAAAAUGAGAAUAAGCAUGCCAGUGAACCUUCAGGAUGGGCACCUCAUGCUGAAAAAGAAGAAAAACCAAAGCAAUAUAAAAAGAGAAGUGCUGAUCAAACAACGGGAUCUAUUCAAAAGGCAUUUCAAUCUACCGAGAAACUUGAAGGUGAUUCUGGUAAGGAACCUUUGGAGUCAAAAAUCAGAAGCAAACAGGUGACAAAAACCAUAACAAGUAAGGUUCAGGAGAAAGGGAGCGACAUUAGCUUUUUGACAAAUAGAUAUGAAAAUGAAACAAAUGAGGCUGAUAAAAUCCUGUACGGGAACAAGUCUCCAACCCGGAGGAGAAAGUGCUCCAACCUCGUCUCUGAGCUCACCAAGGGCUGGAAGGACAUGGAGAAUGAAGAUCACAAGACCCGGAGUAACAGCAUAGACACUGAGGACAGUGGCUUUUUAGAGGGAGAUGAAGAAAUGGAAAUAUCUGAGAAACAGGAGGAAACAGCAUAUUCACCUGUCAGGAUCAAACGACCUUCAACUACACUGGUGAAUAAAGAUGUGGAUGAAGCAAAAAGGAUCAAUCUUCUUGCUAAGAAACACAGUCCUGUGGGUAACCUGAAGAGCAGAUGGCAAAACUGGGCUGAACAGCACACUGUGACUCAGAAGCUAAACCCUUUCAGUGAGAACUUUGACUACAGCAUGUCCAUGGCCACCCGUCUCCACAAGGGUGAUGAAGGCUAUGGAAGGCCAAAGGAGGGCACCAAGACUGCAGAACGUGCAAAAAGAGCAGAGGCCCAUAUUCACCGCGAGAUCAGUGACAUGUGCUUCAUUAUCAGAACCAUGGAGGACCCUGGACCAGACGGCAAAAUCAGAGUCAAUUUUGGACAACUUUUUGAUAGAUAUGUGCGUAUUUCUGAUAAGGUGGUUGGCAUCCUCAUGAGGGCCAGGAAGCACGGAAAGCUGCAUUUUGAGGGUGAAAUGUUAUGGCAAGGUAGAGAUGACCAUGUGGUUAUUACUCUUUUAGAAUAACGUUUCUGGAUUGCAUCAGCACUUAUAUUAAAAUUGUGUUGUCAGUACUGUAUACUGUAAAUCAAUGUAGUAAAGUUAGUAUUUAUCUUUGACAAUUUUAGGACUGAAUACCUGAUGCGAUGCGACAAGUGAAGUGCUGCGAUGCAACAAAAAUAAUAUUGCCUAUACUACUGUGUUAGCUGACGGCGACUGGAGUUGUGUGUCCCGAGCCGAAGGCGAGAGCACUAACGAAAGUCAAGGUCAACUAACACACGGUAGAAACUUCAUCGAGGGGGCACUACCCCUAUUAGAAAAUUAUUUUGCUCAUUAUUUUCUUUUAAAAAAAUAAAAAUAAAAUAAAAAAAAACAAAAACAUUUACCUCGGGUACCCUUCCGCUGAGAAAAGUUAUAAGAAAAUAGUCCCAAAAAUGUUCAUAAGGAUCACACACAUAAUUAGAGAGGAAAAAAAACAAAUAACUUUUUUACUCGUCAGGGCCGCUUAUAGUUUUAUCUGAACAGUGCCAGAUAUCUGAAUGGAGCAAUAUUACUGAACUGUCCGUGUCUCUCUUUGUUGUUGUUUGAAAGAUGAUGUGUUUGAGCUCCAGUCGAGCGGACAGGCUGGUACAGGAUUGGUUGCUUUUGGCGAUUGGCUGUUUUUGGUGGAUAAAUGAAUUUGGACCAAUUACAUCUUUGUUUGGUAUUUACUGUACAAUAGAUGUGAACUACGCUUAAAAAUGCAGCAUGUCAAAAAGAAAAUGCCAGUACUUUCGUGGAUUGAUUUUAAAUUUGAUUCCCAGGUGAUGCGGUGAUGUUCCAGCAGGCAUCUAAUGUGUAUUAUGUGUAUGUACGCUGUAGCUGGAAGCUCAUUGGCUGAUGAUACUGAAUCUGUACCCUUGAGCAAGGUACUUUACCUAGAUUGCUCCAGUAAAAACCCAACUGUAUCAAUGGGUAAUUGUAUGUAAAAAUAAUGUAUAAAUAAAUAAUGUAAUUGUAUGUUAAAAUAAUGUGAUAUCUUGUAACAAUUGUAAGUCUGCUAAGAAAUAAAUAAUAAUA